GCUCUGGCUGACAGAUUGCUUAUGGAUGGUGAAUCUAAACUGCUUGCAAGUGGAGGGGAAGACUGCACCAUUCGCCUAUGGUCUAUGAGUACGAGGGCGAAAAAUCACCCACUGAUAGCAACAUUUCAUGGGCAUGAAAAGGCACUGUCAUUUUUAUCUGUUGCGUGGCAUAAAUCGUCCCUGUUGGUGAGCUGUUCCAAAGACUCAAAGGUUAAAGUUUGGGACACAGUGGCUCCUUCGAGUGGUUCAUCACCAUGUGUAGGCAGUGCUCACCUCAACUCAAAUGGGCCACCAAUUGCUAUGAAAUGCCAUGAAUCCCUUUGCUAUAUUGCUGCUGGAGCUGAAGUGACAGUGAUUGACUUGAGGACAAUGAAGAAGGCUUUUGUCCUUGCACUCCAGAACCACAGAAUACUUUCUUACUGAUACGUCAAUGGCUGUGCAGUCCAAAAAAAAUGAAGAGAAGGGAAUUUGACAUUGUCAUUCAAGCUUCAACAUUGAUCACUUAUUGGUUCUCAGUAAGUCUUUCUGAA